AACAGCCAUGCCUGGAAAACAAAGCAGACAACUACAUCUCAGCAUAUGCUGCAAGCCCAGGUGGCCAAUAGGAAGUCAGGUGCAGAGAACUACAUACAGAUGUGUGUAACAGCUAAUUGUCUAGGGCAAAGGGUUAAGUAGCUUGAAAUACAAAUGUUCCUUAUGUGGGUAACAGGCUACAAAAUGUCUAUUUUACAUCAGAGAGAUACUUCCCAGCUGCAGUAUUUUACCUUUGUUCUGUGAACCAUUUUCUAGUUAAACUAAUUUGCCCAUUUGGCACGUGACUCAAAUUCCCACAGCUCACAGAGUUCCUAACUGUGAUGUUCCUUCAGCUGCCAGGAUACACCUCAGCAUCUGCAAAAGGCUGGAACAGUUAAGAAGCAGCCAGGCAACUGCACAGACUUCCCACAAUUAUUCUCUAGUGUGAGGUCAGUAAUUGUUCCCACAGUUAAGACUGAUUCUAUGCUACUUUGGACAGCUCAUCUCCUCUGGCUCUAUUUCAUUAUCAAGAUGUCACAUGGCCAUCAAGGACAGUCAGUUUUCACUUAGGUGUCCAGCUAACUCCAGCCCUCUCUGGAUGACAGUCCUCAGAAACUGUGUCACAGACUACGCUGAAAGUGCCUCCUUUACUUGGCAUGACAAGGCACACACCCAGCACGGGAGUAACAAGCAGUCCUUUCACAUAGCUGCCCUCUCACUCAUCACAGGCAGAAGGAAAGCCAGGCAACCAUCUGUCACUGUGCUUGAGAUCUACUUGUUCAGUGUGCUGUCACCAGAAACGUGCCUCUCAGCCAUCUGAAAGCCACAACUGCCCACCCCAUGCCUUGUCCCCAGCCCCGUCAGUCCUACUCCACUAAUGCUUUUUGACUAAAUACAGCUCUAGUCUUUUCUCCGCAGAGAACAAUGCCGCAGCAUGCAAAAGUUGUAGUCACUAUCAGACUGCUCAGAGAGCAGUGUCCAGCUACAUCAGGAUGAAAAACACAGCCUCAGAAAUAAUUAGAUACUGAGCGACUGAGCUAAUGAGACGUUAGCCCUGGCAACGACAAAUGACAGAGACAGGACUCCACUUCCCUUGCUCACGCUGCCUGACAUACGACGCCAGCGCUCUCUGCGGCCGGCGCCACAGACCCGCGGGCUCUAGGACCUGGGUUCAGCAGCCUGCGCCAUGGUGCGCGGCGGAAAGGCCCAGGGCUGCCGAGCGCCGCACCGCCGCGCGGCUCCCGCCGGUCUCCGUGGCAGCGCGCUCGUCUUGCCCGCCCGAGCAGGGAGCAGUAGGGCGCCGCGGCGGGAGGUUGUCCUGAUGCCGUUCUCAGGUGCGCCGGGCAGCUUCACCGCCAGUUGCUGCUGGUGCCCGGCGCCUCUGAGAGUCCUCUGCUCAGUCUCUGAAGAUCUCGGUUGCAGACGUGGAGAGUUUAGCAGGAAGCACUAUGGAUCUGUGGAGCUUCUUAUAUCUAGUGAUGCUGAUGGAGCCAUUCAAAGAGCUGGACGAUUCCGUGUGGAAAAUGGCUCUUCUGAUGAGAAUACAGGCUACGCUCCAGGUACAUGGCACAGAACAGAUGUGCAUUUGGAAAAUCCAGAGUAUUAUACAAGAUGGUAUUUCAAAUAUUUUUUAGGAAAAGUUCAUCAAAAUUAUAUAGGUACAGACUCAGAGAAGAACCCUUUCUUUCUGUCUGUUGUACUUUCUGACCAAAAUUAUCAGCGUGUUCCUCAAUACCAUUCAAUUCUUUGGAGAAAAACGGGUACUCAGAAAAUAUGUCUCCCUUAUAGUCCCACAAAAACAUUAUCAGUGAAGUCUAUAUUAAGCGCAAUGAGUCUUGAGAAAUUUGAGAAGAGCCCAAGGGAGAUUUUUCAACCUGAUAUACAAAAGGAUUUAUUGGUUCUUGAAGAGCAAGAGGGAUCUGUGAAUUUUAAAUUUGGAGUUCUUUAUGCUAAGGAUGGACAACUUACAGAUGAUGAAAUGUUCAGCAAUGAAACUGGAAGUGAAAGCUUUCAAAGAUUUUUGCAUCUCUUGGGUGACACAAUUACUUUGAAAGGCUGGACAGGCUACAGAGGAGGACUGGACACAAAAAAUGAUACAACAGGAACCUGUUCCAUCUAUACAGUUUACCAAGGGCAUGAAAUUAUGUUCCAUGUUUCAACCAUGCUACCAUAUUCUAGAGAGAACAAGCAGCAGGUAGAAAGGAAGCGGCAUAUUGGAAAUGACAUUGUUACUAUCGUAUUUCAGGAAGGAGAAGAGACUGCUCCAGCAUUCAAGCCAUCCAUGAUUCGCUCUCAUUUCACACAUAUUUUUGCCUUAGUGAGAUACAAUAAGCAGAAUGAUAGUUACAGGCUAAAAAUAUUUUCAGAAGAAAGUGUUCCUCUCUUCGGGCCUCCACUUCCGUCCCCACCUGUGUUUACAAAUCACCAGGAAUUCAGGGAUUUUGUUUUGGUGAAAUUAAUAAAUGGAGAAAAAGCCACCUUGGAAACCCCAACAUUUUCUCAGAAACGUCAGCGCACUCUAGACAUGCUGAUCCGCUCUUUAUACCAGGACCUGAUGCCUGAUCUACACAAGAACAUGCUGAACAGAAGGUCCUUCAGUGAUGUGUUACCAGAGUCUCCAAAAUCAACACGGAAAAAGGAGGAAGCUCGGCAAGCAGAAUUUGUCCGACUUGGUCAGGCACUCAAAUUGAAAACUGCUGUGAAAGGGGAUGCACCAGCUACCUUGGCAACUACAAGCUUUUGUAAAAAGGAGCCUUGGGAGUCCCAGUCUUUCUGCAGUAAUUUUCCUCAUGAGGUUGUCUGUGCAGAUUCUUGGGGCCAGUCCUUGCUGGUUUCUACAGAUGCUGGCAUCUUGUUAAUAGAUGAUGGUCAAACCACUGUUCAAGUAUUUGAUAAAACUCUGCAAAUAAAGCAGAUGCAUGUGUUGGAAGCUCUGGAUUAUUUGAUUGCCCGAACAGACAAAGGGAAAGACUCUCGGCUCCUUGUCUUCAGAUUGAGUUCAGUCCAAAAAGAUAUAGAAACAAAGCAGAUGAUAAGAAGCAAAUAUGACUGCAGAGAAAAUAAAUUGGAGAGAACAAAAGGCUGCCAUUUAUAUGCCAUUAAUACUCACCAUGGCAGUGAACUGAGGAUUGUUGUGGCUAUUCGGAACAAACUACUUCUCAUCACAAAGAAAUACAAUCCAUGCAACAGUUUAACAGGCAGCUCUCUGCUAUCAUUAUCUGAAUCUCCAGUAGAGGAGUUCCAGUAUAUCCGGGAAAUAUGCCUUUCUGACCCUCCAGUGGUUAUGACGCUAGUUGAUGGGCCUACUGGAGACAGCGACAAUAUGAUUUGUGUAGCUUAUCGGCAUCAGUUUGAUUUAGUUAAUGAAAGUACUGGGGAGUCCUACAGACUGCAUCAUAUUGAAGCGAACAAGGUUAAUUUUGUUGCAGCUAUUGACGUAUAUGAAGAUGGUGAAGCUGGUCUACUGUUAUGUUAUAACUAUGUUUGCCACUAUAGAAAGGUGUAUCCUUUUAAUGGAGGUCCUCCACUGAUCCAGCCAUCAGCUUAUGAUUUUCACUUUAGCUGGAAUCAAGUUCCUUAUGCUGUUGUCUGUGCUUUCCCUUAUAUACUUGCCUUCACUACUGAUUCCAUUGAGAUCCGUUUAGUGGUGAAUGGAAACUUAGUCCACACAGCAGUUGUGCCUGAGCUUCAACUUGUAGCAUCAAGGUCGGAUAUUUAUUUUAAAGCUACUGCUGCAGUAAGUGGAUCAUCUCGUAGCAGUUCUAAGGAAAUCAGUUCAAGGAGUUCACCUCAAACACCUACAGCUUAUGAAAUGCCAGAGUGCUCUCUUUCUUCCUCAGAAGGUGAAGUUCCAUGUAAAAAUCUGUAUAAAAUUCCUCUUAGUAAUCUGGUUGGGCGGAGCAUUGAGCGACCUCUGAAGUCACCUUUGGCUCCCAAAGUCAUCACUACUCCAACAUCCAGUGGCAUUUCCUCUCUUCCUGUUACUCACUCACUAUCCUUAUCUCGCAUGGAAAUUAAAGAAAUUGCAAACAGAACGCGUAAAGAAUUGCUGGGCCUCUUGGAUGAGCCUAUUCCCAAGGCAGAAGGUGCGCAGAAGCAAAAAAAGGUUCCUCGAAGACAGUCAGACCCCAAGCAGGGAGCAGUAAGAUCAACUAGUAGUGACAGAAUAAUCUCAACCUCUUUCGAAAGCUAUUCUGAGGGUCGUCAUCUUUCCACUAGUUCAGAUCCUGAUUCUGUAGCAAACAGGGAGGAGAGCUCACCAUUUAGCUAUCCAUUUCAUCUGACUUCUUUAUAUGAUGAAGACAUCAUUGACUUGAAGUGAAGACAGACAAGACUGUUCCUUACUUCACCUUUUCUUACAACUCUGUGAGCUCUGUAGGAAUGUCACAAACAGUGCUUCUAGUGGUAAAAUGUGGCUGGAAGUAUCGGUGAUUAAUCUUUAUAGAUCUCAUGUUGUUCUGGCUUGCUUAGCCUGAUUUGGUGAUGCUUACAUCUUUGACAUCUGUGUGUUUUCUUAUCUCAGUUAAUGAACCAUUACUUUUCUGUGGCAUUUUAAAGGUAGGUUAUCAAUGAGAGCUUUAGGCUGAAAUUGAAGUAAAUAAAAAGUAUUACUUAUUCUGAGCUACCUGAAGUAGCAUUCUGCUAAGUUAAUUGCUGUUACUAAUGUCAUGAAUUGUUUUACAACAGUGUGUGUGAUGUAGGAAGAAGAAUUUUAUAAUGUAAAUCACUCCUUUUGUUGUUGUUUUUUUAAUCUUAAAAAAGUUAAAAAAAAAAAAAAAAAAGGCUUCUAGGAAAGAUCUUUCCAAACAGUGCAGUCUGUCUUUGAAAUGAUACAGCUGUGUUUUGUUCAAUGAAGAAUCAAGAAUAUUCCAUAAAGAUCAGGUGACAUAUGAACAUGCUGUUUUCUCUGACCUGUCUGUGUACAUAUUUUUAGAGGAACUUGAAAACUGUUUUGGCAUUAAGAAUCUCUGAGCAGAGGGAAUUUACUAAAAAUACAAAUCUUCCUUAAAAAUUUCAAGUCAAAAUUAUACUGUGUUUCUCCAUCUAAUGGAAUAACUUUUCCGUAGUGCGCCUUCAGAUUUCCUCACUACAGGCAGAAGCCACACCCUAAUUUUCUUUCUGACUACAGAAGGAUUCCUGUGUAGGCAUCAAAAUUUGUUGUUGUUUGCUUUUGCACCAGCAGUAGAAGUCACUGCUUCAGUUAAUCAUAUUUUUCUAAGUGGAUCCAAACUAAAAUUUUACUGCUAAGAAGCUAAUUUUCUAUGAUGAAAUAGCCAUAUAAAAUAUUGUUUUGUUAAAGGGCAAGAUUUCAUCAUUAAGCUUGAUUAUUUUUUAACCCUUUCCCCUAUGCCAAAAAGUCAAUUUUAAACAAUAUUUUGAAAGAGUUUGCUGUUUUUCAUGAAAAUGUGAUGAUGUUUCCUGGCUUUUUAUAUAUAAAGAUGUGAGCUUUAUUAGCAGGUAUUUCUUGCUCUUUAUGUAGACAUAGUUCUGUAUCGUUGAUUUUUUUUUUUUAUGUAAUACAUGUAAGCGUGACCAUCUGGUGAUUUGUGCCUUUUGCUUCUGCCUGUCUGAAUGUGAAAUUUUUUUCUUUGCAAAGUUUUUCGUGCCCCGUUUAUUGAAUAUGAUGGAUUAAUAUCUCCACCUAAGAAAAUAUGCAAGGCUAUAACUUGGAAGAAUCACUUCUUAUUCUUGAUCAAGAAAAUAAGCAAUAAUUCAAGCAGUAGUUAGUCCAGGAACAGAAGCAGUAUUAACCAGUGGCUGCUCGUAUUUUUUUUUAGUAUUUUGGCAACCAUGGAUGUAUGGGGUGAGCCUUAAUAAACUUCUGAAAGGAAGUGCCACCUUAAAGUCUUUGCAAGAGCUUGUAAUUCUUUUUCAGGAUGUUUCCAGAGACCAUAGUCAUUUACCCAAACCUAUUUAUCUAAUCAGUUGAGGUUUAAGAAAAAUUGGUCUGAAAGUAUCAUAUGGUCCUUGUCCUGCUGGAAAUCGUAAACACUUUUGUGGACUCAGUGAAUCCACUUUAGGAAGUACUGUUUGCACUUUGAUAUUUUCAGAAAGCAGAAGCAUUGCCUUUUUCAGUACACAAAUUUCUCAGUGUAGUAUUUAAUUUCUUUUGUGUGGAUGUUUUUGAAGUCUGUACCAGUUUGCUGCAAAACUCAGGCUUGUUUUAAAAUAAUAUUUUAACUGGAAACUUUGCUUAGUGAUUUUAGAAUAUCACAUCUUAGAUGUACUGCAGAAGUUCACUUCUGUUAUUCUACCAUGAUUUAACAACUGAAGAACCUGAACAAACAUAUGUUUAGGUAUAUCUUGAAAGGAUGUGGAAAGACCUUUAUAGGUGGAGCACUGAAGAAGAAUGAAUGGAGAAAGCUUGACAGUAACUGACCCCUGCCUAUGGUGGUAGGCAGAAUGAUAUAGAUUGGUAUUUGUGUCAAACUAAGACGUGACUAUACAAAGAAGGGGUAUAAGGCAAGAGUUACUUUCUUUGAGCAGAACCACAACAGUGGCAAUAGAAAGAAUGUUUGUAGUUCUGCCUGUAAUAGCAGCAUUGAUGACAUGUAGCAAAUACUAAGAAGUGGCAAAAGGACUGUAAGGAACACAGCAAAAACUUGACAUUUUAUGCAAGACAAAAAAAAUACAAAAAAAAAAAAAAAGACUAGCUUCAUCGUAUUUAUCUGGAACAAGGUGUUGGAAUAGUUUGAAGUUGGAAAUAUAUUUCCUGUGUCAACUCACAUGUUUUGACCCUGCUUCCUCUGUCCCGCCAGCUGAAUUUUAUGACAUAGCUUGACUUAACGGGUCAGAUGGAAACUGUUAUGCAGGUCACACUGGAAACAACCAGACCUAAAAGAAUUAAUACUCAUAUAGGACAGGCAAGAUCUGAACAGUGGAAGAAUUACCUGUCUUUAUUCCUAAUGUAUGUAGUACCUUAGCAAUACCAUUUUUGCUUCUGUAAUUAAUCAGUAUGCCGUAUGUAAGGCAUACUGAUUAAUUACAGAAGGCAUGUAAGAAUAAUAUUAGACCUAGUAAAAGGAGAUAAAGAGGGGUCAGGCAAUGCUGUUUUGUUUUAUAUGACUCCUAGAUGUGGUAACUAAGGCUUUAUGGUCACGUACAUGUCAUUUACUACCUACUUACUGUACGAAAGUAGCCUGGAGUGUGGGUAGAAGACAGGGAAUGUGGUAGUUAUGCUUGGAUUUUGUUUGAUGCAAGCCACAAGAACCAAACUGUGAAAUUCUUAUGACAUUUGUCUUACCUAAAAGACAAAAUAUCACAUAAUGUGAACCUGCUAGGAUGACUGGACAAAUAUCCACUGUACAAGGAUGUAGAUUCUGUUGGCUUAAAACAGUCUCAUCAGACUGUCAGAAGUUAUGUGCAUCUCUGUGUGAUGAACUGUUGUCCUCAGAACUAGCAGUCUCAAAACAGGACAAGGUUUUAAUACAUCUAUGUAAUCUCUCCUUCAGCCCAGUGUCAAGUGACCAAGGAAAAUGAGAUGGCUUCCUGGAAGGUUUCUGGGAUGGACAGCUAUGCUGUUGUUCACUUCCUUGAAGCCAUGUUAUUCCCUUUCCUGUCUGCAACGUGCAUGCUUCUAUUCAGUUAGCUUAGAAAGUAGCCUUGGGCACAAAGUGCAACGCUUUCCAUCUUAAGCACAAUUGUUCUGACUUUCACAUCUUGUGUUAAAGCUGCCACUUGCCUGUGUUCUUGGUGUUGGCUGACAAUCGUAGGAGAAAAGAGAAAAUAUUUGGAACUGCAGCAAGGAUGGGUAGUAGCUUCAUCUAAUGGAGAACACUGGCAAAUAAGCUUGCUACCACCACCUUCAGUAGAAGGGUAGAAAAUUCUUUCUGUGAAGGCAGAGCUUUUACCAGCUUGAAUGCUUGCUAUCAAGCUAAGUUAAACUGAAAGCCAAUUCUGGACUCUUACCACAGAUAAGCUGCUGCAAGAAAUGUUUUGUGUCCUAGCUUGCUGGAUUUUUUGGAGGAGGAGGGCUUUUAACCUCUCCUGGAUAAUGGAAUUGUCAUCACUUCAGCACUGUACUACAGUCUGACUAAACUACAGGAAUUUAGUUUACUUUGGUGCAAGCAGCAGGACUGAACAGGCAGAUAAUUUAGAAUGGACUAGUACCUCCUCAACAGCAUCAGUAAUAACAUACAGAAUCACAGAAUAGAUGAAGUUGGAAAGGACCACAGGAGAUCAUCUAGCUCAAAACUCACCCCCCAGAUACCUCCGUUCAAAACAACAUAAACUAGAGCAGCUUGUUCAGAAUCAUGUUAUUGAAUUUUGAUUCUGUUCAAGAAUGAAUAAGCAACAUUUUCAGUAACUCAUCAUUCUUGUAUUACAUUUACUUUACAACAUGCGUAUAAACCAUCACAGCUUUGCGUAGGACUCAAGAGCCCUGGGACACAUCAGUUUAUUCCUUCCCACAUGUAUAAUAUGUGGCUCUUAAGGCUGAGGCUUUGAUGAGUCCUUCCCAAGGUCUCUGCAGUUUGGCAUUUAGGAACUUAAGAACAGAGAUAAACCUACUUGUGUUCCAGACUAACGGUCCUUUCUUUCCAGUCUCAGAAACGGAAAGUAAUGUUUCUUUCUGAGGAGAGAUAAGGACUGAAGUAUGAUGUGGAAGGGCUAAGUGCUCCAUGAUGGCAAAAGAUAGAUUCUAGGUUGAAUGAAUGUAUGUGAUUCAUAACUUCAGUUGCUUGGUUUGCAAAGAACAGAUGUGGCCUGUUCUGGUUACAAUUGUUUCCUAGUUUGGGGCUAGUUCUUUUAAUUUGUUCUGGCUUUUUUGUGUGUUUUUUUGUUUGUUGUGUUUGCUUUUGAAAUGCAUGACAGGAUGUAAAGUGGCACCCAGAAUGAGUAGCAGUUUUGCUGUCUGCUUUCAUGUGACUUUCUAUACAUAUGCAAGCAUUUGUAAUUGGUAGAUUCAAAUUUCAAAGUGUUUCUUGAUUCAAAGUAUUUUUGGAUGGUCAAUUGAAUAAACAUUAAAAUAAUUCUUAGUAAGGCAGGCAACAGGUUAGAAUGCACCCACAAGAAGCGUAGCACUGUUAUGUACAGCUAAGGUUGCUGUGCCUGCCCUUUCCCCUCUGUUGUUGUAGGUGUAUUUGGAUAAGCCACAGUUUCAAACUCCUGGAGGCCUUUCUAAAGAUGUGCAUUUAUGACUUGCAUUUGCAGAUGCAAGAGCUUUCCAAGAGCUUUUGGCUUAGCCUGCAUUUAAGACAUAGUCUUUUGAGUUGGGAUGUUUUAAUGUGUAUAUAUACGUGUGUGUGUGUCAUACUGACUAGUAUCAUUAACAAUUUUGAUGUCAUGUGCCCAGGGCUUGCUAAUUCUGUAAAAGCGCUUAUUUAGGCAUAGCCUGAUUUUGUGGGGAAAUAGAUUAUACUCUGAGAACUAAAUACAUUGCAUUAACAAUACGAGGAAGCUUCUGUGACAGUAUGCAGCAAGCAUGCAGGAUAGAAAGUAUGGACACUGUUACUACAAUUGUGCACAGCCAUUUCACCAGUCUGCUUAAUGCCUUGCUGCUUCACUUUGUUGUUGCAGACCUGCAACUGACUGACUACUUGUCUGCUACUGAAAAUUAUAUUAGGAUAUGAUCUGAGGAAAAAACUUGAGAUUAUUUUUCUCUUAUUUAUAGCUCUAUUAAGUAUUUAACUGGUUGAAUGGAAAAUGUUCUCUAAAGGUUUUUGCAGAAAGUGUAAUCAACUUGCAAUGAUAGUUUUAAAAGUCUUUGAAUGUUAGCAGGCUGUUUUGUAAUGUAAUAACUGCAGUGUUAAGACAGAUGCUGAGUCUGUGAUCAAAACCUCUUUACCACUUGUCUUAAAUACUGAUGUAUUACCAUUGUGUUUAAUGUCAUGUGAUAGUGCAUAUGCUUUGUGUUUUAGAUGUAGCAUCUAAAUAGAAACAUUCCUAUCACAGCUGGAAAUGUUUUAAGUGCGAUUUAUUGUUAUUGUGGAGGAGGAAAAAAUGAUUUACUCCUUCAUCUGUAAUAAAUUUUACAUUCUUUCCUU